UCUGUCCCAAAAAUUUCUCAAAAGAACUAUACAUCACGAGCAGUUUGUCGACAAAAAAAAACAAAAUGGACAGCAAUUCUAGUUCGUUUCAUCAUUCUUCGUACAACUGUUCGUCUCCGGAUUCAGAAUCCAACUCUAAUCAGGAUCUGCUGAAUGCUUCAGCGCUUGAAGAACAAAUCCGUCAGUCCAACAAUCAGAUAGGAACCGUAAUAUUGUACGGCGUGCCAAUCGUCUCGUUGAUGAUGGAAACCAAAGAACGGCUCUGUCUGGCACAAAUUUCAUCGACGCUUUUAAAAGAUUACUCAUACAACGAAAUUCACAAUCGCCGUGUAGCUUUGGGUAUCACCUGUGCUCAAUGCACACCGGUCCAGCUGGAAUUAUUGAGACGUGCGGGAGCUAUGCCGGUGACUUCACGUCGAUGUGGUAUGAUCACUCGUCGUGAAGCUGAACGUCUCUGCAAAUCGUUUCUCGGUGACCACAGCCCACCAAAAUUGCCGGAUAACUUCGCGUUUGACGUCAGCCAUUGCUGCGCAUGGGGUUGUCGGGGCGCAUUUCUUCCAUCGCGAUACAAUUCGUCACGAGCCAAAUGCAUCAAAUGCUUCUAUUGCAGCCUGUUCUUUUCGCCCAACAAAUUCAUUUUUCACUCGCAUCGAAGUCUACCUGACGCGAAAUACAUUCAACCAGACGCGGCUAAUUUCAAUUCAUGGCGCAGACACAUCCACCUGACUGGUUCACCGCCCGAUCAAGUCAUGUUUGCCUGGGAGGAUGUUAAAGCAAUGUUUAACGGAGGCAGCCGGAAGCGGGUCGCCAGCGGUGGCGGAAACAACAGCGGCACGGCCGUGACUAGCACAUCCAAUCAAAAUGCAUCGGGCACUGAAAUCAACGCCAAACAGAGCCAGGAAAUUGCCGUUCCAGCGAAAAACACGAAGACUACAAAGAACUCUGCUUGUGCUAAUAAGAGACCCAAAGUUGAGAAUAAUUCCCUACCUGAAAUUCGAACAGCAGAAAUCGUUGCCGCAGUAACUACAACAAUUUCUUCGACAUCCAGCAGUCCUGGACCGAUUGCUGCUCCAGUGACUCCGCAAGUCUACCAGCACCAUCCAAUUCAAUCGCAAUCGCUACUUGCCCGUUUGAAUUCGAUAAUACCAACGGCCGGGCCACUUCUUGCCAACAAAACACCAACCGAUUCGCCUGCCCAGGAUUACAGCAUGACCAUGUGGAACGCGGCUGGAACGGGCCGUUUUUGGUCGCCCUAUUUGAAUCCACUCCCGUUUAAUCCCUACAGCUAUUAUAACUAUUUAAUCAAUAAGUCGGAUCAAUUCUCGUUGAUGAUGAAUCAUUCGGGCAGCGGAUGGCAGCAGCUCGUUACCAACAAACCUCGGAUCAGUUCAGCUAAUACCUCCGCAGCAUCUAAUCCAGUUCUGAAAGCUGGAUUGGAGGAGAGCAAAGCCAGCCACACGCAAAUGAAUCAUUCUUUAAUUGAAGAAGAUGAGGCGGAAGCUUUCGUCGAUGUCGAAUCCACCGAUCCAGCCCUUGACAAUUGAAUUUCCUUUCUCAUCAUUUAGAUUUGAAACAAAACAAACUGUGUUAAUAUAGGGCGUAAGAUGCGCAUGUGUUUUUAUACGGCCAUCGUUCUAGUCACCGAUGUUUUGACAUUUUCUGUUAAAAUAAUCGAACGGCUGGCCAAACCUAUAAUUAAAGCUUACAUAUAUUGUUAUAAAUUUUGAUGUUUCUCUCUCUCUCUCUAUAGUCGUCUUAUUCAAUGUAUCGAUAUUUAUAUAGUCAAUAAUACACCACUAUGUUUUUUCCGGUCA